AUGAUCGAUAAAAUAUUAAAAUCAUUUGAAAAGACAACAUUAAGUGAUGCUGGAUCAGAAGAUUCUGCCAUUGGUGAUGUUAUGAAUGAAGAAAUGGAUAUUACUGAUACAGGAGAUAUUGAAUUAGAAGAUAUAGAAAAACUUGCUACAUUAGGAAUAGGUGGUUUUGGAAGAGUUAAUUUGGUUAGAAAUAAAAAAACAGAUUUUUGUUAUGCUUUAAAAAUUAUAAAUAAAGCACAUGUUGCUGAGUUAAAUCAACAAGAACAUAUACAAAAUGAAAGAAAAAUACAAAUGGCAAGCAAGAAUGAUUUUAUUGUACGUCUAUAUAAAACGUUUAAAGAUAAUGAAAGAGUAUAUAUGCUUUUGGAAUGUUGUAUAGGUGGUGAAUUAUGGUCAUAUAUCCGUCAACAACAUCAUUUUUCAAAAGAAACAGCCAAAUUUUAUGCUGCUGGGGCAAUUGAAGCACUUGAUUAUCUUCAUUCAAUACGUGUUGUGUAUAGGGAUUUGAAACCAGAAAAUAUGCUUAUUGAUAUAAAUGGUAUACCGAAAUUAGCUGAUUUUGGAUUUGCAAAAGAUUUAAAAACAGAAGAAGGGUUAACUAAUACAUUUUGUGGUACUACAGAAUAUGUUGCACCAGAAAUUAUUAAUGAUGUUGGUGGAUAUAGUUGGUCAGUUGAUAUAUGGGCCUUAGGAAUAUUUAUUUUUGAAAUGUUAACUGGUAUUGAAAAUAUUUCAUGGCCUGAUGAUAUGCCUGAUACAACAAUAUAUUUUAUUUGUGCAUUAUGUCGUCUUAAUCCUAAAGAUCGUUUAGGAUAUAAAAAUAUUGAUGAAAUAAGAAAUCAUUCAUGGUUUGAAACAUUUGAUUUUGAAGAAUUUAGAGAUCAUAAAAUGUAUCCACCUAUAAUACCAAAGGUUGAUUCUAUGUGGGAUACCUGUAAUUUUAAUAAAUAUCCAUCAUUUGACAAUUUUUCAACAGGAUUAGGUACAGCUGAUUGGGAUUUUGAAUUUUGA